AUGAGGAAAUCUGGAGAGGAAGAGAAAACAGAAGGGAGGCAGCUGAAACAGCAGAGGGACAAAUCAACAGGAAGAGGUGACGCCUCACUUCCUGGUGAGAUGUCGGCUGAAGCGUGGGAAAAUAGCAGCCUGGUGAGCCCCUCCCCCCAUCUGCUCAUGCUCAAUGACAGCGACCUGAAUGAUACGCUGUUCAACGCUACCAACGCCACCUUCCUGGAUGUUCCCUCCGGUCCCAGCGUGGCUGGAGUCCUCAUCCCUCUCAUAUACAUGGUGGUUUGCAUCCUCGGCCUCGGUGGAAACACUCUGGUGAUCCACAUCGUGCUGCACUACUCAAAGAUCGAGUCGGUGACCAACAUCUACAUCCUGAACUUAGCCAUUGCUGAUGAGCUCUUCAUGUUUGGCCUGCCCUUCCUGGCUGUUCAGAACACCCUCCAGCUGUGGCCCUUUGGCUCCUUCAUGUGCAGACUCGUCAUGACCGUCGACUCCAUCAACCAAUUCACCAGCAUCUUCUGCCUGACCGUGAUGAGCAUUGACCGCUACCUCGCUGUCGUCCAUCCCAUUCGCUCCUCCAAGUGGAGGCGCCCUCAGGUGGCCAAAGUGGUGAACGUCACAGUGUGGGCACUGUCCUUCCUGGUCGUCCUACCCGUGGUGGUCUUUGCAAAUAUCCAGAAGACAGGGGGCACCUGUAACAUAGCCUGGCCUCAGCCGGCAAACAUCUGGAGGGCUGCUUUCAUAAUUUACACUUCCACGGUCGGAUUCUUCUGCCCUCUUCUCAUCAUCUGCCUCUGCUACCUGCUCAUCGUCUUCAAGAUCCGCAGCUCGGGUAUAAAGGUCCAUGCCACCUCCACCAAGAGAAGAAAGUCGGAGCGAAAAGUGACACGAAUGGUCGUGAUUGUAGUUGCGGUCUUUGUCUUCUGCUGGCUGCCUUUUUACGCCCUCAACAUCAUCAACCUGUUGGUCAGCCUGCCCUCAGAGUACCAGGGUCUUUACUACUUUGUGGUGGUGCUUGGGUAUGCCAACAGCUGCGCCAAUCCCAUCGUCUACGGCUUUUUGUCAGACAACUUCAAGAGGGGUUUCCGUAAAGCUCUCUGCCGCUCCACGAGGAAAGUGGAGAACCACGAGCCUGCGGAACGCCAACUGCAGCGGGAGGAGGGCAGGAGGGCACUGAUGCCCAGGGAAAGCCUGAGACGAGCCGUCAGGGAUGACAAUGACAACGACGACGACGACGAGGUCGUCUCAGAAAUGACUGAAAUCUACAGGAUCACCCAGAACGGAAACUCCAGCGUCCAGCCGCAGAGCUCGCAGCUGAUGUUCUCAGAGAGAGGAGCUGCAGCCACAGAUCUGGAGUCGCCAGAUCGGAACGGUGGCGACUCCAAAGGAAAAGAUCCUGCGAACGGGUCCUCGUUGACGGUCCCACUGCUCCUCAAUGGAGCAAAAAACGGGAGCAAUAAAACCCUGCCAGAGGACAAUGUAGAUCAGAGUACCUCACUGGAAAUAAGUUAUUUAUAA